AACUCCACGAAGUUGUCGAGCGGCUUUGACCUGAUUGGCAAAGAGAAAUCUAUCGAUCAGUUGAACCGGGAAGCUUCCGCGUCCGAUUUUUGGGACGACCCGUCCAACGCUCAGCGCAAAAUGCAACAGUUGGGUCAGCUACAGCAAUCUGUAGACUCGUGGCGCGAAAUGCAAUCCCGCGUAGCGGAUCUUCUGGAACUGACUGACCUUGCCAUCGAAAACAGCGACGACAGCCUGUUUGACGAGUUGACUGCGGAAUCCGAAAACGUCGCUGCCGACCUGGCCAGGGCCGAGAUGCAAUUGACCCUUUCUGGCCCUUACGAUGACCGCCCCGCCAUUCUGACCAUUCAUUCAGGCGCCGGCGGCACCGAUUCCCACGACUGGGUUGAAAUGCUCCUGGGUAUGUACGCCGGAUGGGCCACCAAAUCAAAGCGUCCGGUCCAAGUCCUCGACACCGCGUACGGGGAUGAAGCCGGGUUGCGGACGGGCACCCUGGAAAUCGGUGGCCCCCACGCCUUCGGUUACCUCAGCGCAGAGGUGGGCGUGCAUCGCCUGGUUCGCAUGUCGCCCUUCGACCCGGCCCGCCGUCGUCAAACUUCCUUCGCUCGGGUCGAAGUCUUGCCGACCGCCCUGGACGAUGAGGGCGAGGUUGAAAUCCGACCCGAUGACAUCAAGAUGGACUUCUUUCGCUCCAGCGGUCCCGGAGGCCAGAACGUGCAGAAAGUUGCGUCGGCGGUUCGCAUAACACACCUGCCCACCGGCCUCGUGGUGUCCUGCCAGACGGAGCGUUCCCAGCACCAGAACCGCGAUUACGCCUUGCGAAUCCUGCGGGCCAGGCUCCUCGCCCGGCGCGAAGAAGAACGGGCCGAGCACCUGUCGCAACUUCGUGGCGAAAGAGUUUCAGCUGAGUGGGGCAACCAGAUUCGCAGCUACGUUCUGCACCCCUACAAAUCCGUGAAAGACCACCGCACCGAUUAUCAGUCCGGCAACACCGAUGCCGUCCUGGGGGGCGAAAUCGACGAGUUUAUCGAAGCCUACCUGGUGACCAAACUCGGCGGCUAA